AUAAGAAAGAAGGGAGAGAGCCACCGUUUUUAGUGAGAAAGAAGAGAAGAGAGAAAAACGCAAGUUUUUCUCAUCAUGCCCAAAUUUCAUCAAAGGUCUGAUCCCACUUCGUCUGUGGUCCGAUUGAGUUGAAAUUUGGAGGAGAGUUUCGUGACUCAUUUAUCUUCAAUCUGAACGGUGAAGAUCGGAUUUGGAGUUUCGGAAAGUCAUUAGAAAGAAAGAGGAGAAGAGAGAAAAACGUAGGUUUUUCUCAUCAUGCCCAGAUUUCAUCAAAUGUCCGAUCCCGCUUCGUCCGUGGUCCGAUCGAGUUGAAAUUUGAAGGAGAGGUUCGUGGCUCAUGUAUCUUCAAUAUUAACGGUGGAGAUCGGAUUUGGAGUUUCGGACAGUCAUUAGAGAGAAAGAGGAGAAGAGAGAAAAACAGCGGUUUUUUACAUCAUGCCCAGAUUUCAUCAAAGGUCCGAUGCCGCUCUGUUCAUGGUCUGAUUGAGCUGAAAUUUGGAGGAGAGGUUCAUAAGUCAUUAAUCUUAAAUUUGAACGGUGAAGAUCGGAUCUAGAGUUUUGUAAAGUCAUCUUUCAGCCAAAAACAAAACCUUUAUUUUGGUGGGCUUUUUUCAGCCAAAGAUGGCGCUUCCUGAAAGAAGCGUCAUCUGUUAGCUUUCUUGACGCUUAAAAAACGUCAUUGUUUCCCAUUUUUCUUGUAGUGACAGUUCCCUUUCCCUUCUCUCUUCACCAUGAUCUCUAUUUUCUUCAUUCUAUUAAUGAUCCCUUCUGCAACUUCAUUAGACUUCAACUUCACCAGUUUCAGUCCCUAUAAUGAUAACAUAACCUAUGAGGGAUCUGCUUAUCCCAGAAACCAAAUCAUCCAACUAACACAAGCUCAAUCAGCGAGCAUCGGUUGGGCCACAUAUGUUCAACCCUUGCACCUAUGGGACAAGGCCUCAAGAAAUCUCACCGACUUCACCACCCAUUUCUCCUUCGUCAUAGACACACAGAACAGGUCUGGUAGUCAUGGUGAUGGGAUUGCCUUCUUCCUUGUGCCUGCUGAUUCACAGAAGCCUAAUGUCACAAAGGGUGGGGGUCUUGGUCUUGCAAGUGACACCCAGCCACUGAACACAACUGCGAAUCAUUUUGUUGCGGUGGAAUUCGAUAUUUAUAAGAACCGUUGGGAUCCAAACGACACCCAUGCAGGUAUUGACAUCAACUCUAUGCAAUCAAUCCGUAAUGUGACAUGGUGGAAUAGUAUUAUAAAUGGGACGAAAAAUGAUGCAUGGAUCAGUUAUAACUCUAGUUCUAAAAAUCUAAGUGUCGUCUUCACUGGUUUUAGGGAUGAUAGUACUAUUCUGCAGGAUAACCUUUAUUAUGAAGUUGAUCUGAGGCUUUACCUCCCAGAAUGGGUUAGUUUUGGCUUCUCAGGUGCAACAGGAAAUGCAUCAGCCAUACAUGCCAUUUAUUCAUGGAGUUUCAGCUCAAGUUUACAGACUGAUGAAAAUAAAACAAAUCCAACAUCGCCAGAAGGAGAAACGCCAACUUCCAAUCCCAACUCUAAUCCUUCAAGAAAAAUCAAGGUUAAACUAGUGGUGGGAUUGACUGUCGGUGGAUGUGCUUUCAUUGGUGGUUUGAGUUUGGUUUUGUUUUUGUUCUUGAAAAGUAGAAGGGGAAAAGUUGAUCAUCCAGUCAUUGAUCAGCUAUCCAUGGAGGAUGACUUUGAAAAAGGUACUGGACCCAAGAAGUUUCGGUACAAUGAAUUGGCUAGUUCAACCAAUAACUUUGCAGAGGAAGGGAAGCUUGGAGAAGGAGGGUUUGGAGGGGUUUACAAAGGUUUCUUGAAGGAAUUGGACUCUUAUAUUGCUGUUAAGAGGGUAUCAAGUGGGUCUAAACAAGGGAUAAAGGAGUAUGCAUCAGAAGUAAAGAUCAUUAGUCGAUUGAGACAUAGGAACUUGGUCCAACUGAUUGGUUGGUGCCAUGAGAAAAGAGACCUACUACUUGUUUAUGAGUUCAUGCCCAAUGGCAGCUUAGAGUCUCAUCUUUUUAGUGAAAGAAGCUUGCUGACCUGGGAGAUGAGGUACAAAAUCGCUCAAGGGUUGGCAUCAGCAUUGCUUUAUCUUCAUGAAGGAUGGGAGCAAUGUGUACUGCACAGGGAUAUAAAAUCUAGCAACAUCAUGCUGGAUUCAGGUUUUAACGCUAAACUUGGGGAUUUUGGGCUAGCUAGGCUUGUUGACCACGGAAAGGGAUCACAAACCACAGUUUUAGCUGGAACCAUGGGCUACAUGGCUCCAGAAUGUGCCACAACAGGCAAGGCCAGCAAGCAGUCUGAUAUCUACAGCUUUGGGGUGGUUGCUUUAGAAAUAGCCUGUGGAAGAAAACCCAUUAACCUAAAGGCCAAAGAAGAUCAAAUAAUGAUGCUGGAAUGGGUCUGGGAUCUCUAUGGGAAAGGAAAUAUUUUAGAGGCAGCCGAUCCUAGGCUAUGUGCAGAAUUUGAUGCGCAACAGAUGCAAUGUUUGAUGACUGUUGGGCUUUGGUGUGCUCACCCAGAUGGAAAUCUCCGGCCUUCAGUAAGGGAAGUAAUUCAUGUCCUUAAUUUUGAAGCGCCAUUGCCCAUUCUCCCUCCAAAGAUGCCCGUCCCAACGUACUCUAUCCCUGGAGCGAUGUCUGCAAUCUUGCUUCCAGCCUCAUCCAGUACCACCGCUUCUGAGAGAAGUCAAACCCAGCUUUCCAGCUAUUGUACAGAUUCAUCAAAGAUAACAACACCUUCUGCAGCUUCUUCUCCAUCUGCGACACUUAUUUCUGUAACACGUUAAGUUGGUGUAGAGUGCAUUUGGUAGUUUCUUUUCUUUGUGUAUUAUAUGUUUAUUACAUCUAAUUAUAAGUCGAUGUAUAAGCUUUGGAUAUACAUCGCCACACCUCAGAAUGCCUAUCAGUAGUUCCUUUGUAUCUUUUACGUACUCACCAAGAAAAUUCAGCCUUAAUUUUUUA